AUGGAAGCAGAUUUCCAAGGCUACAUUAUACUUUUCCUUGUCUCCGUAGUUCUGGUUCGAACCAUACUCACCAAAAUUCAGAACAAACCUCGGCUUCCACCAAGUCCAAUGGCCUUACCAGUAAUUGGACACCUCCACCUCCUUGCUCCAAUUCCUCACCAAGCUUUCCACAAGCUGUCUAGCCGCUACGGUUCUUUGAUUCACAUCUUUCUUGGUUCUGUUCCUUGUUUAGUCGCUUCCUCACCGGACAUGGCCAAAGAGUUCCUCAAGACUCAUGAAGGUUCCUUCUCCAGCAGGCCUUCUAUGGCUGUUGUUGAUUACCUCGCAUAUGGAUCGUCUGAUUUUGCAUUUGCUCCUUAUGGACCUUACUGGAGAUUCAUGAAGAAACUAUGUGUUUCUGAGCUUCUUGGUGGAAGAACACUGGAUCAGCUCCUUCCUGUCCGGCGUGAAGAGUUGACAAGUUUUGUACAAUUGAUCCAAAAGAAGGCCAAGGCAGCUGAGGCUGUUGAUGUUGGAGCAGCGCUUAUGACGAUAACGAAUAAUAUCAUAACGAGAAUGACUAUGGGGCAGAGCUGGUCUAAAGAUGAAAGAGAUGCUGAUGUGGUCAGGAAGGUGGUGAAAGCUACUGCUGAGCUUAAAGGGAGGCUUAACUUGUCGGAUUUAAUUUGGUUUUGCAAGAACUUGGAUUUGCAGGGAUUUGGGAAAAGGGUUAAGGAAUUGCGUGAUACGUUCAAUACUAUGAUGGAGAGGGUUAUAGAGGAGCACCAAGAGGCAAGGAAGAAAAGGAAGGAACUUGGUGAAGGUGGUGAUGGAGUUAAGGAUUUGCUUGACAUUUUACUCGACAUAUCCGAAGAUGAGACCUCAGAGUUUAGAUUGAGUAGAAUAAACAUAAAGGCCUUCAUCAUGAAUAUAUUUGCUGCUGGGACGGAUACAUCCGCGAUUACGACAGAAUGGGCACUAGCAGAGCUAAUCAACCACCCAGAAGUGAUGAAGAAAGCAAGACAAGAAAUUGACUCCAUAGUUGGCAAAAACAGACUAGUACAAGAAUCAGACAUUUCCAACCUUCCUUACCUACAAGCCAUAAUGAAAGAGACCCUACGGCUUCACCCUACAAGCCCAUUAAUUGCCAGAGAGUCAACUGAAGCCUGCAACAUUGUUGGCUAUGAGAUUCCAGCAAAAACCAGAUUGUAUGUGAAUGUGUGGGCUAUCAACAGAGACCCGAACCACUGGGAGAAGCCAUUGGAGUUCGAGCCGGAGAGGUUUAUGACUGAAGAGGGAAGUCUGAAAAGCCAGUUAGAUAUGAGGGGACAACAUUUUCAUAUGUUGCCAUUUGGUAGUGGAAGAAGAGGGUGCCCUGGAACCUCACUUGCACUAUCGGUUGUUCAGCCAACACUUGCAGCUAUGAUUCAGUGCUUUGAAUGGAAACUUGAUGGAGGAAAUGGUAGUGGUAUUGUUGACAUGGAAGAGGGACCUGGCUUAACACUUCCAAGGGCUCAUCCCUUAGUUUGUGUUCCAGUGGCUAGGCUCAAUCCCUUUUUAUCGUGUUGA